AUCGGCCACAUCGGCAUCGGUCCGAGCCCACCUGCCCACAGACGGUGGUCGCAUUUUGCUUCGCUAGACGCUGCACGUGUAGUCUCUGCAUCGCCUUCCCUUGCCACUGACCCACAGACUUCUUAGUUCUUCAGAAGUCGGUAGAAGAAAUGCAGCUUCAAGCCCGUCCAUCUCUGGCGCGGUCGCGCACCGUGGGUGUGCGCUGCUCCGCCGCGCCGGCAGUGUGCCCGCGCCUGGUGCAGCAAGCACGAGUAAUGGCUGCGGUGGGCUCUGCGUGGCAGCAGCGGAAGGACGCCGGCCCAGUUGAGGAGCUGAAGCAGCAGUUGAAGGGCAGUGUUUGCUGGAUGGCCGGCGCCGUGCUGCCCUUCGCCAGCGCGGUGGCCCAGCCAGCUUCACAGGCCGCCGCGACUGCAGAGAUCUAUGGCGCCAUCGCGAAGGUCCUGGAUAUUUACCUGCUUGUGCUGACGCUGCGUGUGAUCCUGACGUGGUUCCGCAACAUCAACUGGUACAACGAGCCCUUCGCCACCCUGCGCCAGUUCACCGACCCGUUCCUCAACACCUUCCGCGGCAUCCUGCCGUCCUUCGGCGGCAUCGACGUGUCGCCCAUGAUCGGCUUCUUCAUCCUGAACUUUGUUCGCAACCAGCUGGUCCACCUGUCCCGCACCAUGAUCCUGUAAGGAGCCCCCCACCGUGUAGUGCUUCUGCAUGCCGAGCGGUGAGCUUGUUGCCAAUUAGUGGCGGCGGAUCGGUGCGUGCGCUGCGAGCAGCGUGCAGUGGCCCAGGCGGCCGCGAGCAAAUGCAGCGCGUGUGCGUGUGUGUACAGCGCAUGUUGGUCAGCUCAUCUGGCGCGCAUCCUGGACACCUUGGAGUUGAAGGAGGCGCGCAGCUGCCGGCCCGCAGGCAACUGGUGAAUUGGAAAUGCACGAGUGCGAAGAUGCCAGUGCUAGUACCGGAGUUGGGCUGAAGCUGCCUGAGCUGCCACGGCUGCCAUCCUGCAGACGACUCACCGAGUCAAGAGAUGGCAUGCCGGUUGCAUGCAUCGCGACCUGCCAGCUGCCUUGCAGGGGAGCUGCCGCGAUUUUUGACGGACGUUGGGCCUCAGGGUUGGACCAUGGGAGUGCCGGGGGCUGAUGCAAUUCCAUGCAGAGGAUUGCUAUGGCUGACCGCUUUGGUGUGCGUUCAGUACAGUGCGUGUGCGCCACGAGGGCGCUGCCUGGCCAGUGGACAUGCAGAGGAGCUGUGCUAUGGCUCAGUGUGGGGGGCUGGCAAUGGGGGUUAGAGAUUAGGGAAUGAGCGUAGUGAGACAUUGAGACAAGGGUAGCGACCGUGCACUAAGGAUGCACAGCUCAGGGUCUGGGACCAUUGGUGACUGGCUAGGGUUGGCCACCGGAGGAGUUGCAUUCUGGACUGGACUGAUGGACGUGAGUGGUGUGCAAUAUCCAUGCCUUCA